CACUGCAAGAAACUCUAAGGACUUAGUAUUCUGGUCUAACCGUAGGAAGUGGGAUCUCUCCGUUACGCGUUAAAUAGACGAGAUACUUCAAUGAUUGACGCUGGGAGCAGAAGCAGUACACCUUUCAGCACUGAUAAUAGCUGCAUUUAUGAUGUACUCUACAUGACUAUUCCACGCCAUUUUCGCCGUGUUAUGGAGUUUCAGUCUUUUCUAUUUCCCUAUCUCAUUGACCGUUUACGUCACCCCGUAAUGUAAAAAGGCAAAAUGGCCCGUACUGCAAUAAAGGGGUAAAGAUGCCAAGGUGGCUCAGCGGGCAGGGCUAGGGCAAGUUUAAAUUAACUCCGACUUCAGGCAACUAUAAAUUUUACCUUCAUAGCCAACACUUCAGCAACACAUACUCUCUCACACAUCUAAACAUGGGUUUUCUCGAUAACUUCCAAGGACAUCAUCAAGAAGUUGCUAAUGCUGGCCACGAACACAAAGGUCACUUGUCUCACGAAUUGAUUGCUGGUGCCGCUUCCUUCGCUGCCGUCAAGGCCUGGGAAGACAAGAACAAACGCGAUGGUAAGCCUGCUAACCAUGCCUUGGCAAAGCAAUUGCUCGCUGGUUUUGCUGGCGCUGAGAUCGACAAGCUUAUUGAAACCAAGGGACUAAACCACCUAGAUCGCGAGAAGGCUAAGCGUCACGCUCAAGAGAAUGUUGAGAAGUACUACGAACAUGAGCAUGAACGUAGAUAAAUACCCCCCACUGGAAGCACGUUUGUGCUGCCCUCUAUAUCGGUUCUAGUUCAUUAUAUCUGUUAUAAACUUCAUAUCAUUAAAUCCCACUUCAUGUG